UUGUUGGCUCGGGGCGCGGGCCCGGGGCUCGGGUUACAGAAAUCAAUACAGAUGAAACGUGCUCCACGAAAUAAGGAAUUCGGGAACAACAACAGUUGGGAAAUAAAGAGUAAUGUGAAGGACACCACCUCGACUUACUGUGAGACGACCACCAGCUACCCAGAGAUGGACCUGAAGAUUGUACAUAGUGAGUGGAGGAGGAGGGACGGAUAG